CUCGAUCUUCGGAAGAAGUAUGUCGGAUUUUGGCUUUUCUUCACCGUCAUCCUCGAGUUCCUCGGGGGGAAUGAAUGGCGCUCAAAGAGCUGAAUUAAUGGAACAAGUCCAAAGUCAACUUUUAGUUGCAACGCUACAGGAAAUGCUCGCGAAAAUGUCUGACAAAUGCUUCAAAAAGUGUGUUAACAAACCAGGACCACAGCUUGAUAAUUCUGAACAGAAAUGUAUAUCUAUGUGUAUGGAUCGGUUCAUGGAUGCAUGGAAUACGGUAUCAAAAACAACCAAGUCCAGGCUACAGAGAGAACAUUCACCAGGAGGAAGUUUUAGUUAAACGCUACAGAUGCAGUUUUUGUGCUGAUUUGU